AUGGCGACCUCACAUGCUUUUCCUCCUGAAGAAAGUUUUCCCCAUCCAACACCAACAAAUUUUCAAACACAACAAAAUACAAAACAAGCUGUAAUUUAUAACAAGUCGGGUACAAAGUGUAUGAAUAUCGUGAAGGAACCUGGAAUGUCUCUGUCUCCGACAUCACCGUCCACAAGGGAACAGAAUGAUUCCUCUCCCUCUCAUAACCUUCAAAAUAAUAACGCUGAUAUUCAAGCUAAUGGUACACAUAAUAAUCAUAUAAAGACUCAUCAAGUAAAUUAUACCAGUGACGAUGGUGAAGAAGUAGUGGACGUUGAAUUAGAAGAUGAAGAUGAAUUCGAUUCUGAAGAUGGGUAUGAUCCGGAAGACCCCGAAAUACCUUUUCCACGAAAGGAUUCUAUCGCAAUUCUUGAUGAUAUUCACCACAACCAUCCUCAUCAUAAUCAUAGUCAUAAAUCCCGUAAAGACGGUAUCUGGAAUACCAAUAAUAACGAAGAGCGACAACGAAUAAGAGAAUUCUGGUUACAGUUAGGUGAAGAGGAAAGGAGAAGUUUAGUAAAAGUUGAAAAAGAAGCUGUGCUAAAAAAAAUGAAAGAACAACAAAAGCAUUCAUGUUCAUGUUCUGUAUGUGGCAAAAAGAGGACCGCUAUUGAAGAAGAGCUGGAAACCCUUUAUGAUGCUUACUAUGAAGAACUAGAAUCUUAUGCGAACCAACAACAGCAAUUCGGCCCCUCAAAUAUCGAGUAUCGAAAUGAUACUGCAGAGUUUGAUGACGAGGACGAUGAUGAGGAUUACGAUGAUGACGAUGAGGACGACGAUGAAGACUAUGAAGGCAGUGAGAAUGAUAGCGAUACACGGAGGGAAAUUUUUAAUUUUGGUAACAGUUUGACUGUAAAAGGAGGCAUUUUGACAGUAGCAGAUGAUCUUUUAAAAAACGACGGUAAAAAGUUCCUUGAAAUGAUGGAACGACUUGCUGAACGAAGGAUGCAACGGGAGGAGGAAGCAGCAAUGGAACAACAUGAGCAACGUAUGGAAGAAGGCCGACGAAUGUUCCAGAUAUUUGCGGCACGAAUGUUUGAACAGCGGGUGUUAAAUGCAUAUCGAGAGAAAGUUGCUCAAGAACGGCAACAAAAGUUAUUAGAGGAAUUAGAGGAAGAAAAUCGACUAAAAGAAGAACGUGAGCUAAAAAAGCUAAAAGAGAAGGAGAAAAAGAAGGCUAAAAACAGGGCAUUGAAACUACAAAAAGAGGAAGAACGUGCAAGAAAAGAGGCCGAAAGACUAGCUGAAGAGAAAGCUUUACGUGCAGAACGUGAAAGAAAAUUAGAGGAAGAACGUAAAAAACGUGAGGAAGAACGCCUAAAAAAAGAGGCAGAAAGGAGGGCAAGGGAAGAAGAACGACAAAGGAAAGAAGAGGAGAAAAGGCGAAAAGCAAAAGAAGAUAAAGAGAGAGAAGAGCGCAGGAAAAAAGAACAGGAAGCUAAAGAGCGUAAGGAAAGAGAAAGAGAAGAAAAAGAACGUAAGGAGCGAGAAGAAAAGUUUCGAAAAGAAAAAGAAGAACGUAGACAGCGUGAAGAACGAGAGCGCAAACAACGUGAAUUAAAAGAGAAAGAACGCAAAGAAAAAGAGGAACAAGAACGCAAAGAUCGUGAAAAAAAAGAGCGUGAAGCAAAGGAACGAGAGCGGAAAGAGAAGGAGGAACAGGAACGCAAAGAUCGUGAAGAAAAAGACCGAAAAGAGAGAGAAGAAAAACAAAGAGCUGCUAGUGUUCCUCCAGUAAGGCAGCAGCAGCAUCAUGAACGAAAGCGGACAAUUCCACCAAUUGGUCAACCUUCUGCCCAGACACCGCCACCACCACCAAUAAAUUCAACGGUAGUACAUAAUAAAUCUAGUUCAAUGCCAAAUGGAAUGAAUUGGAUGAAUUAUUCAUCACAUGAACAUCAUCCACCUCUACCCCCACAACAUCCUAUAAACCCACAGCAUGUUAUAAAUUCUCAUCUACCACCUCAUCCACUACCAAACACACCACAUCCAUUAUUUAGUCCUGGCGGGCCACAAUCACAAUUUGGAGGACAACCCGUUGGAAUAAUGAAUGGCCCCACAGGGAUGACAAAUGAAGUUGUUAAUGACGUUUUUACGAACAAUAAGAAAGUAAUAAACCCACCAUCACAAGGAACGAACACUUUACAGGGAAUAAAUCCUACAUCAUCCUUAUUUGCAGGGUUGGGCCCAAUUGGUAUGGGCGUUCAUCCACAUCAUGGAGGACCUCCAGUACCAAUGCACGCUCAUCAUCAAGUAAUGAGACAAAUACCACCUCCUAGAGGUUUUAAUCCGAUUGCACCAACACCACAUUUGGCCGGUCCUUCGGGAGUACCGCCAUCUGUGGCUUCUACAAAUUUAUCGUUGCUUAAUGAAAAUACUGUAAUGAGCGGAAAUGGGAACAUUGGCACGGGAGUAUCAGGAAAUCCACCAACUGGUGCAUUUGGUGGGUUACCUAUAGGUGGAGUGCAGGGUUCAUUAGGACCACAGACAUUUAAUUUAGGGACGCAAGUCAUUAGCCAACCACCAGUAUCUCACAUGGGAUCUAAUGUUUCUCAAAGCACACCAUUAGCUCCUAUCGGGCAUCGUCGUAUGUCUCAGCAUCCAGAAGAUUCACAUGUAAAGGCCAUACAUAGACCUCAACCGAUACAACGUCCAAGAAGAAAUUCCGGUACAGGACAAUCGCUGGAUGCACAUACGAAUACAAGAUCUCCGCCACCUGGUUUUGGUAAUAUGGUUGGAUCUAGUGCUUUGCUUGGCGAAGACCAACCUCAUCCAAUGCAAUGCCCGGAGUUAUUUAAGAAGUCAAAUCCUCCGCAAUCAUCACCGAAUCAACAACAGCAACAACACGGGACAAAUCGUUUAUCACACCGAUCUGUUGCAAGUGAGAAUGAAUGGCCUCCAAUACGUGGAAGACAAAAUGUAACAGAUAAUCUCAUAGGAGAAUCAUUAUCAAUGAAUGGUGGUAAUAAUGUUGGUAAUAAUAAUAUAGGAUCAAACGACAUAUGGGGAUCAAAUUAUGUUGGUGGACAGUCAUUGUGGUAUUCGGAAGGUAAUAACCCUGCAAAUCGUAGGGCAGUGGGUUCAAGAGACUUUAGUAUACCAUAA